CACGCACGCCGCGUCAGAACGAUAGGAGAAGGAAGGCAUUUCACAGCAGCGCCAUUUUGCUGUAGGAGAGUCGGAGCGCGCGCCGAGGGACAAAUUAACGACGUUGAAAUAGCUUCUAAAUAACAUACAUUCUAUAAUGGCUAAGUGCUAAAUUAGCGACACCGCUAGCACGAUGACUGAAGUAAUAAUGGCGUCAAGUGAUCCCAUCAUGCAUCGCGACUGCCCACUGGACUGUAAGGUGUAUGUAGGGAAUCUCGGGAAUAAUGGGAAUAAAUCUGAGCUGGAACGAGCCUUCGGUUAUUAUGGGCCCCUGAGGAGUGUCUGGGUGGCCAGGAACCCUCCUGGCUUUGCCUUUGUGGAGUUUGAGGACCCGAGGGAUGCCACCGACGCUGUGAGGGAGCUGGACGGCAGGACUCUCUGUGGUUGCCGUGUCAGAGUUGAGCUGUCCAAUGGAGAGAAGCGAUCCCGUAACAGAGGGCCCCCACCUUCCUGGAGCCGACGCCCACGUGACGAUUACCGCCGCCGAAGCCCGCCUCCCAGGCGCAGAUCCCCCCGCAGGAGGAGCUUCAGCCGUAGCCGCAGCAGAUCUCUUUCUCGUGAUCGCAGAAGGGAGAGAUCUCUGUCUCGUGACAGGAACCAUAAGCCAUCUCGCUCGUUCUCCAGAUCCAGAAGUCGCUCUCGGUCGAAUGACAGGAAGUGAGACAGAGCUGUUCCUUGACAAUGGAUUCCUCGUGUAAUCGUCUUUUAAACUCCAGCGCUAUGGACUCUGAUUUGGACCCCCUGCUUUGUUAGCCUCUGUUUUCUUUAUUUUAUAAACAGAUCAGAUGUUUUAGAGCGGUUAUGUUUCUCAUCUGUGUGUGUGUGUGUGUGUGGUGUUUGAGUGUGCGUAUGUGUCCGAGAGAGAGCGAACUUCAUUUUUCAGCUGUCACCAUUCCAUCGCCGAUUAAUUUUUAAAGUUUUUUUUGCUUUGUUUUUUCCCCCUUUCUUCUUGGUCAUGCAUGGUCAUGUGACUGUAACAGUUCCUCCUACAUCUUGUGUGGGAGGCAGGAAGUGAGUUUUUUGUUUUUUAUGGCGUUGGUAAUCCUCUCUGUGAAUUCAUUGAGAGUUUGAGAUGGGAAACUGUACGGCACUAUGAAUGGGUUUCUCCCUUUUUUUUUUUUUUUUUUUUUUUUUUUUUUUU